GGCCCGGUCGUGGGCGGGGCUUGGGGCGGAGCCUGACCAUCACGCGCAGCCCCGCCCCCGCGGCCUCGUCGCUCCUGGUGAGGCGGUAGCCGCUUUUCGUCGGCUCUUACCGGCUGGCUGGGCCAGCUGCGCCGCGGCUCACAGCUGACGAUGGGGGACCCCAGCAAGCAGGACAUCUUGACCAUCUUCAAGCGCCUCCGCUCGGUGCCCACUAACAAGGUGUGUUUUGAUUGUGGUGCCAAAAAUCCCAGCUGGGCAAGCAUAACCUAUGGAGUGUUCCUUUGCAUUGAUUGCUCAGGGUCCCACCGGUCACUUGGUGUUCACUUGAGUUUUAUUCGAUCUACAGAGUUGGAUUCUAACUGGUCAUGGUUUCAGUUGCGAUGCAUGCAAGUUGGAGGAAACGCUAAUGCAUCUUCCUUUUUUCAUCAACAUGGGUGUUCCACCAACGACACCAAUGCCAAGUACAACAGUCGUGCUGCUCAGCUCUAUAGGGAGAAAAUCAAAUCGCUCGCCUCUCAAGCAACACGGAAGCAUGGCACUGAUCUGUGGCUUGAUAGUUGUGUGGUUCCACCUUUGUCCCCUCCACCAAAGGAGGAAGAUUUUUUUGCCUCUCACGUUUCUCCUGAGGUGAGUGACACAGCGUGGGCAUCAGCAAUAGCGGAACCAUCUUCUUUAACAUCAAGGCCUGCGGAAACCACUUUGGAAAAUAAUGAAGGUGGACAAGAGCAAGGACCAUGUGUGGAAGGUCUUAAUGUACCAACAAAGGCUACUUUAGAGGUUUCCUCUAUCAUAAAAAAGAAACCAAAUCAAGCUAAAAAAGGCCUUGGGGCCAAAAAACGAAGUUUAGGAGCUCAGAAACUGGCAAACACAUGCUUUAAUGAAAUUGAAAAACAAGCUCAAGCUGCAGAUAAAAUGAAGGAGCAGGAAGACCUGGCCAAGGCGGCACCUAAAGAAGAAUCAAUUGUUUCAUCAUUACGAUUAGCCUAUAAGGAUCUUGAAAUUCAAAUGAAGAAAGACGAAAAGAUGAACAUUAGUGGCAAAAAAAAUGUUGACUCAGACAGACUCGGCAUGGGAUUUGGAAACUGCAGAAGUGGUAUUUCACAUUCAGUGACUUCAGAUAUGCAGACCAUAGAGCAGGAAUCACCCAUCAUGGCAAAACCAAGAAAAAAGUAUAAUGAUGACGGUGAUGAUUCAUAUUUUACUUCCAGCUCAAGGUACUUUGACGAGCCAGUGGAGUUAAGGAGCGGUUCUUUCUCUAGCUGGGAUGACAGUUCAGAUUCCUAUUGGAAAAAAGAGACCAGCAAAGAUACUGAAACAGUUCUGAAAACCACAGGCUAUUCAGACAGACCUACUGCUCGCCACAAGCCAGAUUAUGAGCCAGUUGAAAAUACAGAUGAGGCCCAGAAGAAGUUUGGCCAUGUCAAAGCCAUUUCAUCAGAUAUGUAUUUUGGAAGACAAGCCCAGGCUGAUUAUGAGACCAGGGCCCGCCUAGAGAGGCUGUCGGCAAGUUCCUCCAUAAGCUCAGCUGAUCUGUUCGAGGAGCAGAGGAAGCAGGCAGCAGGGAACUACAGCCUGUCCAGCGUGCUGCCCAACGCCCCUGACAUGGCGCAGUUCAAGCAGGGAGUGAGGUCCGUUGCUGGAAAACUCUCCGUCUUUGCUAAUGGAGUCGUGACUUCAAUUCAGGUCAGUGGAAUGGGGCAGUGCUCACUGGCUAUGACGGUAGGUUCAGCAGUUUGAAAAUGAGACCUGCUUCAAUCUUCAACUGCUGGAAAAUUCAAUUAUAUAUUAUUGGAUCGAUAUGUUUGCUACACUAUAACCCGGAACGUUAUGAAAACCAGAAAUUAUAAUUUUAAUAUUUUCUAAUGUAUGACUCUAGGGGAAUUGUUAGAGGAAUUGUCAUGACCAUUGUCCAGUUUUUUUCCUAGAUUGGAACAGAGAAGUAUUAAGAAAAUUGAAAUUAUCUGUAAUGCUGCAUCACAGGGAUAACCUCUGUUAAUAUUUUGGUAUAUUUUUAGCUCUAGAUUUCUAAGGAUAUUUUUCUAUACAUAGAUAAAAAAGAUAUACAUAUCUUUUUAAAAUUAAAAAGGUAUUAUAUCGUAUAGAGGGUUUUAUAUCUUGCUUUUCUCUGUGAUGUUAGGAACAUUUCCUUGUAAUGAAAAGUUUUCCUAAAACCACAUUGUAUUGAGUGAAAACAUAAGCCAAGGAUGGCGCAUACUUGCGCAUAAGAGUCGAGGCCAUCUCUGACGAUAUGAAUGGCUCGUUUCUUUGUACCUUGUUGUUUACAUCAGGCUAUUGAAGAAGGAUUCUAUUAAUGUAAAAUGCUGCUAAAAGAAGUAGGACUGAAACCGUGUGGACUCUGGUGCCUCUGAAGGAGAUUCUUGGCCCCCAGGCAGACGCUGCUCUGGCUGCAGUUUAAGGAGGGCAUGGAGGUGCCUCCCAUUCUGGAGAGUUCCCUUAGCCCCAGGACUCUGGAUGUAGCCAUUUUCAUGCUGUGAAUAGCACAGUCUUCCCUUUCAUUUGGCACUGAAGUUAAAAUGCGUAGAGCUCUUUCGUGUCCCUUAGGUCAGCUAAGCCCACAUCAGUAUCCAAAUAGGUAACAUCCCUAUUUUAUAGAUGGUCAUCCCCGUUUUAGAGAUGACUCCCUUUUAUAUCCCAUUUUACAGGUGAAGGAAUUGAGGCACAGAACGUUAGGUCACUUCUGCAAGAUGACCAGCUGAACCAAAAUUUCAGGGCUUCAAACACCAAAUGUGUUCCUGUCUUCCCUAUCCCACUUGCUUCCCAGAGGGCUCAGCAAGUAGCCUCUGGCCCACUGAGCAUCCUCCUGCCCACUUUGCUCCCUGCCUCCUGAUCCCAGGACUGUGGCCGUGGCUGCCAGAGGCAGGAUGUGAAUCCUGUUGGCUUCUGAAGCCCACACCUACCCUCAGCCUCGAAGCUGCAGCAAUGGCUGCUUCCAGAUGAGCACACCCUCGGGGUGCAGUGUCCAUGUCAUAUGCCUGACACGGGUCGCAGUGGUAGUUUUGGUGAUGCUGAAUAUUCAGGGCGCGGGAGUCAGGGAUCGCUGCUGAAUGGUCAUAAACUUCCAUUUUGGUUCUCUCUUCAGGAUCGCUACGGUUCUUAAUACUGAAGUCAUGAUGUGUAUUUCCUGGAGAAAUUCCUCUUUAAAUGAACAAGUAACCACAUCUCAGGUGGCAGUGAAGACCAGAUAGUUUUGCAGAUUGUUUUGCUACUUUUUCAUAUGGUAUAUGUUUCUGAUUUUUAAUAUUUCUUUUGAGAAAUUCUGAGUUCUGAUGUAGGAGCUUUCCUGUGAUUUCUGUUUCGUGUUCCUUCUUGUCACACCCUCCUUUUGGCGUCUCCGUGUAUAUCCUUGCUUUAUUUUCUUGGAACCUUUGGUUUUCAACACUGAGGGCCUGGAGACAUCGGCUCCUCCUGCUCCUGAACCAGGAGACUUCAUGUGGGGGAGGAGGAGAGGUCUCCAUGUGACACAUGGGCUCAGGGCUGCCAGAAUCAGCGGAUGCUGGAUGGGCCUGCAGAAACAACACUCACCACACACACUUCCUUCAAAAGACCAAAAGUGACUGGUGUCUCAUGUGACAGAUUGCUUCAUUUAUGUUUCUACAUAGUAAGGUGACUGCCAAAUAAUAUUUGAAGUCAUCUGUCUCUUUGUAAAUUAUUUUAUAUGACCUAUAAAUUUAAAAAUAUUUUUCAGUGAGGGCUUUUAACAAACUUAAGCUUCUGCCCUGCCAAGGGAAUUAAUGUUAUCUUGUGAAAGGUGUUGCUGUUUGAAUUGAUGAGAAAUGGAAGAUGAGAACUCCCUAAGGGUUCUCAUAAGAAAUCAUCUCAUCACAGAUCAAUACGGUAUACAGAGUUAAAGUGGAAUGAGAUAAGAAGAUACAGCUACAGAAAAUAGUUCUGUGUAUGGGAGAACAGUCAUUGUAAUUGGGUAGUUUUGUUAAUAUUUUUAAAUCUUGCUUUUCAAAAAUUACAGAAUAUGUAUAAACGAAUAAAGAAAAAUAAUUUAGCUGUUUUAGACAGCAUUAGAAUAUAUUGUUAAGCACAGUAAAAUAUAUUUGAAAUUUGAUAAGCCAAAAAUGUGGUUUUGAAUGACUAUUUUGUGAAUCUUUCUUAAAAGCUCAAAUUUGUAGACUUCUAAAUAGAAUAAACACUUGCAGCAGA